GUUUUGCCGUUAGUUUAGUCCCUCCGACUUUUCAAAAACCAUGAUUAAAUUGUGCAUGAUCAAAAUAUCAAAGUCACUCUCUCUCUUCGCUUCAUUCAACCAUUUACGUCUAUUUCAUUCAUUACACCGCUGUCAUUCAAUCGAAUAGACACAUAAAGCAAUAUGCCGCACCUUGCUAAUGUACCUCCUGCUCAGCCUGACGCAGCAUUCUCACUUGUGGCUAAAUUCGCCCUCGAUACGAACGAGAAAAAGGUUGACCUUUGCCCUGGAUUUUAUCGCGAUCAAAAUUCAAAACCAUGGGUUCUGCCUUCGGUUACGCAGGCUAAAGCUAAACUACAUGCAGACCACGGUAUAUUGCACGAACAUCUUCCUCUCGUAGGUCAUGCCGGACUUCUUCGUGGUUCUCAAAAAUUAGUAUUUGGCACGACUCGAGAUUUGGAGCGUAUCGCUUCUAUACAGACAGUAUCAGGCACAGGAGCUAAUCACAUUGCGGCUCUAUUUCUUUCGACUAGACUAAAACCUCGGACGGUCUGGAUUUCUGACCCUAGCUGGAUUAAUCACACAAAGAUAUGGGAACUUGUAAAUCCGGAGAUCGAACAAAGGAGCUAUCCAUAUUACAACAAGGAGAGCCACACGAUUGACUUUGAGAAUAUGAUAACAAAUCUUCGUAAAGAAGCGAUUGCUGGAGAUGUCAUAAUACUUCAUGCGUGCGCACACAAUCCUACAGGAAUGGAUUUAGACAAACAGCAGUGGAAGGUAGUCGCAGAUGUUUGCCAAGAGCUUGGAUUGUUUGCCGUCUUCGAUCUAGCUUACCAGGGCUUCGCAACGGGAGAUGUGUAUCAGGAUUCAUGGGUGAUCAAUCACUUCUAUGAUAACUCGAACUUGGAGUUUGCAGUCGCACAGUCUUUUUCGAAAAACUUUGGUCUAUAUGGGGAGCGUGUCGGAGUCCUUCACGUUGUUGCCACAAGCGCCGAGACCGCCAUCAAAGUCACGCCGUCACUCACUCAACUGACGAGGGCUGAAAUUACUUCUUGUCCGUCAUACGGGGCAAGAAUUGUUGCCGAGAUUCUUGAAAACCCGGAUUUGUAUAGCCAAUGGCUUCAAGACCUGAGAACAAUGAGCGAUCGCAUGAAGCGCAUGCGCCGAAGUUUAUACGAAGCACUUCAACGCAAAAACGUGAAAGGCUCUUGGCAAUAUCUACUCACGGAUAUAGGCAUGUUUUCGAUGACGGGGCUAUCACAUACGGAAGUGUCGAUCUUAAGAGAGAAGCACCACAUCUAUCUCCUGCCUUCGGGAAGAAUUUCUGUAACCGGAUUAACGGAAAAUAAUGUGGAAACAGUUGCCGAGGCAUUUCAGGCUGUUUUAGGAUCGGAAUAGUUCCCAAAGCCCUGGUUGAAGGUUGAUUUCGGACAGGCGAGGCCCCCAGCUAUGACGAGUCAAAUCUACCACUGAAAUAAGACGCUGAGACAUGUUGGAGCACGUAUCUUUUUAUGUUUCAAGAGGUUUCUACGAAAGGUCACGUUGUUCGUACUAAUUGACUUCAAUAAUAAGCAAUCAAAUACUUGGAUGAGACCAGAGACUCGAGAUAUUCGAAAGAGUAGAUUGAUAACCAAUGAAACUAUAUCUUGCUUGUAUAGACCUUCGCUCUCAUGUAUAGUUUUUCUAAGCAUUGUUUAUUAGCAUUGGAUGGUUUUCCAUCUAAUACUAUUCAUCCCAACUCUGUAUUCUGAGGUUUUACCAGAGGUGCCACCGUAACGUUAACCCUUCUACCCUCCAGUCUAAAAUUCACAUCAGUACCCGUCGAUGAUUUGCUCGUCAACCUCUUGAACCUAUGGUCCUCCAGCCGUUGUAUGACCUUCCAUAACA